GGCGGCGGCGACGCAGGAGAUCCCCGCUCGGUCGCUUUGCCGCCGACCUCUCUGCAAGGAGACGGAGGAGGAGGGGAGCGAGGGAAAGGCGGCGGCGGCGGCGGCGGCGGCAUCGAGGUGGACUUGUACCUCCUGCCUGAACCUUUCUCCGGACUGAUCUCGGGGGAUUUCGGGCCCUUGCUGGUGCUGACCUGCCGCGUGUGUCUGGAGGAGAAGCCCCUCAAGCCCCUGCCCUGUUGCAAGAAGCCCGUCUGCGAUGAAUGCCUCAAGCGCUAUCUCAGCUCCCAGGUGCAGGUGGGGCAAGCAGACAUCUCUUGUCCAAUAACAGAGUGCAGUGAGCAUCUGGAUGAAACAACUGUCCUUUUCAACUUGCCACAUGAUGACAUCAUCAAAUAUAAGUACUUCCUCGAACUUGGCCGUAUUGGCUCAAGCACCAAGCCAUGCCCUCAAUGCAAGCACUUUACAACCUUCAGGAAGAGAGGCCACAUUCCAAACCCUACAAAAAUGGAGAACAAGUACAAAAUCCAGUGCCCAACCUGCCAAUUCUUGUGGUGUUUUAAGUGCCAUUCUCCCUGGCACGAAGGAGUUAACUGCAGAGAGUACAAAAAGGGGGACAAGUUGUUACGUCACUGGGCCAAUGAAAUUGAACAUGGACAAAGAAAUGCUCAGAAGUGUCCAAAAUGCAAGAUCCAUAUCCAGAGAACAGAAGGAUGCGAUCAUAUGACUUGUUCGCAGUGUAACACUAAUUUCUGUUACCGCUGUGGGGAGAGAUACCGCCAACUCCGCUUCUUUGGAGAUCAUACGUCAAACCUCAGUAUAUUUGGAUGCAAAUAUCGCUACCUCCCUGAAAGACCACAUUUAAGGAGAUUAGUGAGAGGCUCUGUCUGUGGUGGGAAGCUGCUUAUUGCGCCAGUGAUCCUGGUUUUGGGACUGGUAAUAGGAGCCAUAGCUGUUAUAAUAGGUUUAUUUGUGUUCCCUAUCUAUUGCCUUUGUAAAAAGAAGAGGAAAAGGCCACGGACAGAAAUGCCCUGGUACGAGUGAAUGGAUAAAUAUCAGAAGGGAGCAGGUCCUGCGAAGCUUAUGCAGAAUUCAUGCAGUGCAGCAGUAUUGUGCUGGUUUACUGUCCUGAAACCACUCACAGCCCUGGCAGAGAAUUAAAGGGGAAUCUACUACAUUCCUUCUGCACAGUACACUACUAGAGACAGGCCAGAAUACUUCUCUGCUCCGGUGCCUCAAACAAAAUGGAGGGUUCUCAACUUUUAAAAAUGUUUUGUUUUUCUAAACCUCCUUAAUCCAUCCUAAGGUAUAGGUCAAAUUCAUUUUCCUUGGCAGCCUGUAUUUGCACUGUACCUCUACAUCUGCUGAUGUACCCAUAAAUGGAACAUUUUACUCUGCAAAAUGUUUUUAGUUACUGACUUAAUUCUAGGCCUUUUGGGGAAAUGUGUAGAUGCAGGUUUGAGUGAAGAUGGCGUGUUGUUUCAGUGGCUGGCUUUAUGACUGGCAUAUUGUCAGGUGCUGUAUUCAGUGCCCCGUUUCCCCGAAAA